ACAAAAAAAAUAUACAACAAAUUGAGAUUAUUAAUUUUUUUAUUAAACAAAUUAAUUAUCUUUGUUUAUUUAUUUAUAAUAAAAAAUAACAAAAAUGGCAUCAGGACUUGAAAGUUACGUAAAUCAUACUGUAUCAAUAAUCACCUCUGAUGGUAGAAAUUUCAUAGGAACAUUAAAGGGUUUCGAUCAGACAAUUAAUUUGAUUCUUGAUGAAUCACAUGAAAGAGUUUACAGUAUGAAUCAAGGUGUUGAACAAGUUGUUCUAGGUUUACAUAUUAUUAGAGGUGAUAAUGUAGCAAUUGUCGGUGAACUUGAUGAUGAUAUAGAUUCAAGAAUUGAUUUAUCUUCAAUCAAAGCAGAUCCAUUAACAUCAGUAGCUCAUUAAAAUAUAAAUAAAUUUUUUAAUUAAAUAUACAAAAAUAAUAACAGUAAAUUAUAUUAAUUAAUUAAAUAAAUAAAAACAUUUUUAUUAA